AAGAAGGAGUGGUGGGACAGGAGCUCAUGCCCAGAACUGAGUUGUGUCUUGCUGAGCCCUCUGCCACGGACCUACAGGAUGAAGAACCUUUCAUUUCUCCUUCCUUUCCUUUUCUUCCUUGUCCCGGGGCUGCUAGGCUCCAGCACGCCACUGUGUCCCAUGGAUGAAGCCAUCAAUAAGAAGAUCAAUCAAGACUUCAGCUCUCUAUUGCUAGCUGCAAUAAAAAACGUUGGCCUACAUUGCUGGACAGUCUCCUCCAGAGGGAAGUUGUCCUCCUGCCCAGAAGGCGCAGCCGUUAUGAGCUGCUCCUGUGGCUCUGCCUGUGGCUCAUGGGACGUUCGUGAGGGAACAAUGUGUCACUGCCAGUGUGGAAGCAUAGACUGGACAGCAGCCCGCUGCUGUGCCCUGCGGGUCAGUUCCUGAGGGCACUUGGUUGAGAACUGAGCUUGCCCUCCAUGUGUUGCAGAGGGACAGGUUUGGGGAUGGGUAGAGGGCAGGGAGCAGUUCCAAGAUGAGGGUCUGGAGAUACAGAAUGAGAUGA